GGCGACCAGCACAUGCUAUUGUCAACAAACAGCAGCACACGAAGAAGUAGGUCUGAUUGUGAAAGGACUUGCAGUGGCUGAUAAAAAGUGGUGUCAGGAUUAAGCUUUACUUUUCAGUACCUACCAGUUAUUUAGUUUAGAAGUGAAGACCCACAGCUCAUAUGAGCUCGAAGGGAGGCAGAAAUAAACGCGCCAAAAAUGCGCGCAAUUUGGAUACGCACGAUGCGCCUUCAUUAGAUUUAUCAAUCAUCGACAAACGUCUGAAUAUUAUACCUGUCGGACGACAAUUACACCGGACACCUCCAUCCAAAACUGAAAGAGUCUCAUAUGAACUAAAUAAACCGGAUGAUUCAAUAACAACACCAGGACAGGUGAUCAAAGACGAGCCACGUGCACAGGAAAUAGCUAAAGACAUUUCUUGCAAUGGAUCGAACGAACAUCUGGAGCACCCUAAAGAAGACAGACAGUCCAUCAAGAGGUCCAGUUCCACAGCUUCAUCAGCGACACCUGAGAAUGCACACCCGGAAACCUUCAUCCAGGGAAUGCAGGGUUACCAGUGGACAGACACAGACCUGGAGUUUGUCUAUCAAACCAAAUUGAAAAACCAAUUUCAGAAGCUUCAGCAAGAGUUAAGUGAUGUGCAGAAAUCUCUAAAGAGCACAAGACAAAUGCGGGACUUGGCUGUUGCUGCACAUGACAAAAUCCAAGCAGAGCUUUCUAAGGUGUCGUCGUGUGAACGGGUGCAAGAAAUGACGAGGGAAAUACUCUUAAAGUCGCAGAGCUCCGUUCAGUUGGAGGGACUCGAUUUCAAAAGUCUUCUAGCCAGACUAAAGAUCUGUGAUGUGCAGCACGCUACGUCUGAAGAGAGGACAAACAUCGAGAAGCUCAACGCAGAGGUGACAAAAGCACAAAUUGUGAGACAAAAACAUGGGGAACUUGCAAAAGAGGUUGAAAUUUGUAAAACGAACGUCGACCAAAUCAAGGUAAACAUAAAUACACUGACAGCGGACAUUGCUGCUCUGGAGUCCCAGCUGGUUAAAAGGUCUGGUAAAGAGGACAUGGCUGGGCCUCUUUUCUCUGUCCGCUUAUAUGUACUGGUGGAGCACCUCUGCCUGCUACACUAUAUCCAAGCAGGGGCAUUUUAUGGGCAUAGGCCACUGCCCCAACAGCACCAACCUUUGGCACAAUUACCUCUUUUGCCACAUGGCAAUGAAGGGAUACCCCAACAAUAUUACCAUGGAAUGGAAAAGGCACACAUGCCAUAUGGAAAUGAGAUGCCUUUGCUUCCACAUUAUGGAAAAGGACGUCCACAUAUACCCAUGCACAUGGGUAAAGGCAAUGUUGGAAAAGGUGAAACAUUUCCAAGGGGAGAGAAGGGUCUCACUGGUGAGGCGGGACCAAUCGGACCUCCAGGGCAAAAAGGCCCACCAGGACCUCCUGGUCAUGGUAUUCCAGGACUUCCUGGAAAACCUGGUCCUCAAGGUCCACCAGGAUUCCCUGGGAUUGGAAAGCCAGGAAUGCCUGGAUUGCCAGGAAAACCUGGAGGCUUAGGUUUACCAGGACCAAAGGGUGAGUUGGGACCAGCUGGAGGUAAAGGGCCAAUAGGAUUGCCAGGACCCCCAGGUCUUCCAGGGCCCCAUGGCCUACCAGGUGUGGCAAAACCUGGUGGACAAGGACUUCCAGGCCAAACUGGGCUUCGUGGAGAACCUGGACCAAAAGGCCUUCCUGGGAUCCCAGGCCUCCCAGGUCAAAGAGGUGACAAUGGGGUUGGUCUCCCAGGACUACCAGGUAUAAAGGGACCCUCUGGACCUCCAGGACCACAAGGACCACAAGGACUACCGGGAGUUGGCAAGCCAGGACUGAAUGGAUUACCUGGGGCUCCUGGUAGGCCAGGUAAACCUGGUGCACCUGGAGAAUCAGGGCUGGCAGGAGUACCAGGGGAAAGAGGACAAACGGGGCCACCAGGACUACCAGGUUUGGCAAAACCUGGUUUAGAUGGGUUGCCAGGGAAACCAGGUCUACCAGGUGGAAAAGGUGAGCCAGGACCUGCUGGUUUACCAGGGAGUCCAGGCUUGCCUGGAUUUGGAAAGCCUGGUUAUCCUGGCCCUAAAGGUGAAAAGGGGCAUUUCGGCUUGCCAGGGCCUCAAGCAAAUGGUGAGAAAGGUCAUGGUGGUCUUCCUGGUAUGGAUGGAUCACCAGGUCCAAGUGGCCUCCCAGGUGCCCCUGGUCCAAUUGGACUCCCUGGAGGCAUUGGUUUCCCUGGUCCAAAAGGUGAGGGUGGUAUAGUAGGCCCUACAGGACCACCUGGUUUAAAAGGUGAACAUGGGCCUCCAGGACUUCCAGGAAAACCAGGAUUUCCAGGAGAAGGGGGGCAACCAGGACCAAGAGGCCUACCUGGCUACUUAGGACCGAAAGGUGAAAACGGACAUAAAGGCUUUCCUGGCCAAGCUGGACUGCCUGGAAAGCCUGGUGCAAAAGGAGAAGGUGGAUUUCCAGGAGAGAAAGGUUAUCCAGGGCCCAUGGGAAUCCCAGGAAUAGUGGGUCCAGCAGGACCAAUGGGCCCACCUGGUCUCCCAGGGACAAAAGGUGAAAUUGGGCCACCAGGAAAACCUGGACCACCAGGUGAUGGAAAACCAGGAUUUCCAGGCCCAAUGGGACCCUCUGGUAAACCUGGACCUAGUGGGCUCCCCGGUCAACCUGGAAUACCUGGUCCUCCUGGCCCACCUGGUCCACGUGGGCUUUCUGCUCCAGUUGAUGGGCAAAUCCUUCCUGCGACAGGUCCUGGGAUGGAUGUCAAAGGUUACAAGAAAGAAAAGCCUGGAGGAGCCAUAAUCAGUUUGGAUGGCCAAGAGAUGCCUGCAUUUACUGCUCAGCUAACAACCCCAUUUCCUUCAGUUGGGCAACCUGUUGUCUUUAACAAGAUUCUAUAUAACGGCAACCAGAAUUAUAAUGCUCAAACAGGCAUCUUCACUUGCAAAAUACCUGGUAUUUACUACUUUGUCUAUCAUGUUCACUGCAAAGGAAGCAAUGUAUGGGUGGCCUUGUACAAGAACAAUGAACCAGUAAUGUACACAUAUGAUGAAUACAAAAAAGGUUACUUGGAUCAGGCAUCAGGGAGUGCAGUGCUUCCCUUACGAACUGGAGACACUGUACAUCUCCAGCUACCAUCAGACCAAGCUUCUGGACUUUAUGCUGGUCCAUACGUGCACUCAUCAUUCUCUGGUUAUUUGUUAUAUCCUAUUUAAAUAUGUAUUUAAUCUUUAAAACAUUAGUUGUGUAUGUGCCAUCGUUGUAGAGACAUUUCUUUAUAUGUUAAAAAUGUAAAGUCUUAGAAAAUGUGGAUGUUUAAGAACUGGUCACAGAUAAAGCCGAAAUUCAUUUAUUUUAUUAAGAUAUACAUAUAGAAUAAAUAAAAAUGGACAUGGUUUUGAAUAGGUGAUGAGAAGGUUUUUAAAGUUAUCCAGUGUGUUGUAGUACAUUGUUACAAUGGGACUACAUACGUAGGGAAAGUAUGCACAACUCCAUAAUCAAAAGAGAUUACCAGAUUUUACAGGAUUCAGUAUUCCAAUUAUGUUUUAGCACUUUGAUAGAUCUCUUAUCACAUUAUUUAUUUGCAUAUUUCUUCUUGUUUGAUACUAUAUUGGUUAUCGAUAGCUGGGGUCAUAUUGACUACAUAUCAAGUGAUGCAAUAUUCAGAUUGUGAUAAUGGAGAAUGUUUUGUUACCUAGAUUGUUCGAUAUGCACUAUGUUUCUGCUGUCAUAAUAGUUUAUCGUUGUACCAUUUUAAUGUACUUUAUAAUAGCAUAUGGGCACAUAAGGGUUGUUAUUUGUUUGUUUAACAUAGCCUACAUUUUGUUUUACACUUUGGACACAUUGCCAUACAGCAAAAUACAUAUCUAUUUCCGGAAAUGUUUUUUUUUCAUCUCACACCACACGAUUUAAGUAUACUAGGUUAAUGUUUAUAAAAAUUAACUCAAGGAUAUUGAAUGUUAAUGUGUACUGUAUCACCAUCUUAAGUUGAAAGAUCCAACUUGUUCAAACACACAUUCUAAGUUACAAACUUUUUAGUUUCUAGGAACCUUUCUGUAAUUUAUUUUUUUAGUUUUACUACUGAAUGGCUUAAUUUGUAUAUGUGCAAAGUGAUGGCGGUGCACAAAAGAAUGACUUUAUAUUUGUUUAUUAUUUUUGACAAUGGUGCUGAGUUUUUCCACAAAUAUAUAAAGUUUUAAUCAAAUUGUGAACAUUUGUAUUUGGGGAAAUUCAAACAAAUAAAGAAUUCUGACCAUGUGAA